AUGGAGGGCAUCCGCACCACCGGUGGCUUCAUGCAACGCCGCCUGAGUCGUCUGUAUAAUGACACAAAAAAGUCUUCGGAUUUCGUCCAGGAGACGGCCAAGGCCCCCGAAGACCCCGAGAUCAAAUCCCUCUUCAGGAAACUACGCAUCCAAAAGGACCGCGUCUCCGUCUGGGGCCUCGAAUGGACCGACCCUAACCAGUCAGAUGAGAUUGACAGCUCAUUGUCAAAGGCCGGAUUGAGCGAGGUCGUCCACAGCAUCUUGUCCAGAGUUCGGGAAACACUGUCCGAGUUGGAUGCCCUGUGGAAGAGCUACACCAAACCCCUCGGCACCGUCUCAGAGAAGUCGGCCAUAGACCGCAAGACCCCGUUCGUGACCUGGGACAAGGCCGUCUUUGCUGAUGCCAUCGCCGACCUCACUCAGUCGGUAGACACCCUCUACGACCUUUCCAGAACCCGCUCCUCGGGCCACAUGUCGUCACGCUCCAAACUCGAAAAGUCCAUGGCCUCCGCCGAGGAGCUGAGGCCCUUCGAAUCCACCAGGAUGCAGACCCCUCAGGAGAUCGACCCCAAGACCUUGACCAACAUCCGCUCCAUGCAAGCAGAGCCCAUGACCGAAUCCAGACCCAGCCUGCCCCCGAGGGACAUCGUCUUCAUGAGCAAACAGGCCUGGUCAGAUUUGUCCCAGCACAUUGGCCGUCACCCCUUUGCGCCCCUGUUGCUCGAGUACGCCACCUUCGAUUCCAUCUACUCCGUCACCGGCAUUAUGCCCCCCAUGUCACGCUUCGAGAAGCUGUCGGCCGGCUUGCAGCAAGAUUCGCAAAGGGCCCCUGGUACCUGGAUCGGCCUGCCGCGCCUGCUGGGCUACUUUGAGGAUCUGGAGCACUCCCGCCUCGGGCUCGUCUACCACUUCCCUCCCAACUUCAAUGCAGUCUCUUUCGAGAACUUCACCCAGAACCCUCUCUACAACGUCUGCACCCUCGCUGACCUCCUCUCGCGCCCGGAUUUCGAGCCUACCUUGGAGGCCAAGUUCCGUCUGGCCUCCAACCUCGUCAACACCGUCUUCGACUUGCACGCCCGCGGCAUCACCCACGGCUGCAUCAUCGACACUAACGUGUCCUUCUGCAACCUGGCCACCCCGGACCUCACGACGGGCCCCGGCGAAGUCGACAUCCGCCGGCCCCUCGUCUCCUCUUUCGACCUGUUCCCCGAUGCGCCAUCCGACGAGGAGCCGGCUUCGCCGUCACUCCCUCUGUUCCGUCAUCCCCUGGAUCCCCGCACGACGCCGGCAUCCCCCAUUAACGACAAGAUGGAUUCCCGAAUCCUUGACUUGUACUCCCUCGCCAUGGUUCUGCUGUCCAUUGGACUGUGGAGCAAGCUCGAGAACCUGGUCACCGACCCGUCCCAACCUAUUUCUGAGGCCGUCCUGAAUCAGCUGGGUAUCCGCUGCUCCUCCAUGUACAAGAGAGCUGUUGAAACCUGCUGGAAUGCCGUCGACAUGCAGCUCCAAGGAGUUGCCGCCGACGAAGAGCUGCUUUCCGCUGUGCAAGUGACCGUGACGCGCUGCCUCGAUUCGUGCGCUAUUCUCGACAACAUGAACUCGCUCGAAGAUCGUCUCAACCUCGACCUUGGCAGGAAGACAUCCUCUCCUAUUGGUACCCCUACCAGGCAGAGCAUUUCUGGGCCUUCAAAGGAUACACAGGCAGCUUCUAACCCAUCCGUCGACAUCCAUCACUCCUCGUUCGAUACCAAAACCCGCGUCUCGGACCCUGAUCCCGCCCGCCGCUCGUAUCCCUCGGCCGCAGAGGAAAAGCGGCAGCUUUCUAGGAAGGAGGCUGGAGGUGAGUCGAUUUUGUGGCCUUACUCUGCUCCGCACACUAACCGCGUCACAGCCGCCCCAGCAGAGCUGCCUGCUGAGACAAAGGCCGCCAAGCCGCCCUCCCCCAAAACCCGGCUUUAUCCUCAGAUCCCACUGCCUCCGGAUGCUGUCGAGAGGUGGAACACGCUUGUGAUGCCCCAGGUCAACCAGGCUUUGCGCCACUUUUAUCGGAAGAACCGGGAAGAAUCCGUCGAAGUGUCUCUCGAGUCCAUCGGCAGUCACCCAACAAAGACGCAGCCUACCGUUUUGGUUGUGUGUACGUCUGUCAGCAAGGUCAAGGCCAUCCUCACACGUAAGUUGGGCGAGCUAUUUGACGGUGGCAAGUCUGGGUUUGGCUUGAAGGUGUGCAGGGGACAGGUCAUGAGGUCACGGAAGCAGCCGGGCGACGUUAAGCGGAGCGCAGCACACGACGAAGAUGAUGAGGGCGCCGUCAAAGCCGCCAACCCCGACUUUCAAGCGCGCCCCAACAACGGCGCCAGUAUUGGAGCUUGGGUGGGGGACCGCCACCUGCCGCCCGUCAGCUUGGGCGGCCUCGUCAUGGUGGAUGGUAAGCCGUACGGGAUGACGGUUCAUCACAUGUUGGAUGACCCCGAGGAGAUCUACAAGCACGCCAAGGCGCAGGACCCCGCGAAGCGGAGCAUGGCGAGGGACACUGAUCGUGCGCGUCUUGACUGGUACGCAGAUUCGUCUGCUGAAAGCAGCAGCGGAGACGACUAUGCUUGCGAGUUUUCCGAAUCCGAGUCGGGGGCCUAUUCGGACACGGAGGCCACCAGCGACGCCUCCGACGAGGAGAGCGGCGACGAGUCGGGGGGCGAAUAUGAUGAGCCGGGCGACAUCCCGGGGAUCGAGCCGGACUGCGGUGAAGGCUACAUCAUCACGCAGCCGGCCAUGGACGACGUCGACGAAGAGUUCUAUCCUUCGGAGGAAACGGCGAAUGAGGACCACCUGGACAGCUACACCGUCGGCAAGGUCUAUGCGUCAAGCGGGAUCAAGCGCAGGGAGCAGGACGGCCUGAUUCACGAAAUUGACUGGGCCUUGUUCGAGUUCACCCCCGAGAGAUUGCCCAAGGACAACACGAUCCCUCGGAUAGAGGGCAAGCAGCUGUCGCCAUCUUACGGUAGAUUUCCGUCGAAGCACGGCAAGUUCAUGCAUCCCACGAACGUGGCGCCAACAUCGAAGCUGGCGGGUCUGGAGGUGCAGUGCAUGGCUCGUACGAGUGGCCUGCAGACUGGACUCAUCCUUCCCGCCCUGACGAGCGUCAAAAUCUUUGGGCGAGUGACACCGAGCCACACGUACCAAGUCAGCAGUGUCGCCGCCGAGACGCCUGCCGAGCUGGCCGGCGACGGCAAGAAGCAGCAGCCAAUGGGCGUCCCCGGAGACAGCGGUGCUUGGGUCGUUGAGCGCGCCCACGGCCGGGUCUGCGGACAUGUUCUGGCGUGGAGUGGGCGGAAGCGCGUUGCCUAUAUUUGCCCGAUGGACGUGAUGCUCCUCGACAUCAAGGAGACGCUCGAGGCCCGAGAAAUUGGGUUGCCGGGUGGCGACCCAGUCUUUGGCCUACGUGGUCAGGAGGAGGAGGAGGAAGAGGAGGGCACCUACAGGGACGACGAGCCCUUCUCGUCGCCCUUUUUGGAUCCCAAGGAUGACGAUGAUCUGGAUGUGGUGUCAGAGGAGGGGGAUGACGAUGAACUGCCGGUGCUCGUCAGGUCGCGCGCGCCUCCACGUGGACACGGCAAGGACAAGCGAGAGGAAGAAGAAGAACAGCAGCCGCAGCAACAUAAUGAUGAGGGAAAAAAGACCGAAGGGCAGACGGCGGAGCCGGAAAAGUUUGUUUCGGGCGACAAUGAUUUAUCGCACAGGAUGGAGUCUAUGGGCAUUGCAAGGAGUCGUAGGGGUAUUGGCAUGUGCAGCUGA